AUGUACCUGGGCCGCGCGAAGAACGCCGAGGAGGACUUUCUGUGCAAAGGAGAGUACAAACAGGUGUACCUAUGCCUAGACCGAAGCGAAGGCAAAGACGCAGUCAAAAUAGACAUCAGUUAUGACAACAACAUCCACGAUAUACUACAGCUCGGUAGAGAAAAGUACAAUACACAAGGAGAGUAUAUCACAGAUUCAUGUGGAAAUAACAUACACUCAAUUAGAGAUAUAAUUGACGGAGACACUCUAUACCUAAAGGAUAGAAGAGAGAAACUAACCAUUCAUAGUAAACUCAAAAAUAACUUAAUAGUUAAUGAUUACAUCGUCCAGAAGAGAAUCGGUUCAGGUGGAUUCGGAAUCGUCUUCCAAGGUAUACACAUCCAGACAAAGCAAAAAGUAGCACUGAAAUUUAUCCCAAAAAGUAACUUCCUAGAUGUGACAGAUGUGCAUAGAGUCUUCAUAGAAAUACAAACCUUACGGGGUCUCAUUCAUAACAAUAUUAUAAAAAUGUAUGACGUGAAUCACUUCGAAAAUUAUGUUUGUCUAAUUAUGGAGUAUGCCAUUAAUGGAGACUUAAAAAAUUAUAUACUUAAGAAUAAUGGCUACCUCUCUGAGAAGGAAGCUCAUGAUCUGUUCGUCCAAAUAAUCAGAGGAGUGUACUAUUGUCACUCUAAGCACAUUGUCCAUCGAGAUUUAAAGCUUGAAAAUAUUCUACUCGAUAAAAAUAUGACAUGCAAAAUUGCAGACUUUGGAUUAUCCGACUUUGUUAAUGUUGAUCAGAAUAUUAAAACAGAGGCUGGCACAAAAGCUUACAUCGCGCCAGAAAUUAUUUUCAACCAAACCAUUAACUACUCCGUAUUCAAGCUAGAUAUCUGGAGCCUUGGAAUUCUUCUAUACAUCAUGACGCAGGGAUUUCCCCCUUUUAAAUACGUAGAAAAUGAUAUAAAAUAUUUUGACAGCAGUACACUUAAUUACCCGAAUGAUAUUUCCGAUGAUUUGAAAAAUUUAAUUUCGCUCAUGCUGAACGUUGACCCUAAUAAGCGACCCAUCAUCGUUGAAAUCCUCAAUCAUCGCUGGUUUGGUAAAUACGCACAAGGGGGGUAG